AUCAGUGAAAGCAGUUUCAAACCAGGAAGUGGCAGGAGUUAAAAUGGCUUCUAAAGAGCAGGUCGUGAAAUUAACAGAGGAGACAGUUUGUCCCAUCUGCCUGGAUUUCUUCACCGAUCCUGUUAUCCUGGAGUGUGGUCACAACUUCUGCCGCUCCUGUAUCACACAGAGUUGGGACAGGGAGGAGAAAAACUCCUGCCCGGAAUGUAGAGAGGAGUUUGCUGACCGCACCCUCAAAGUUAAUCGGGCCUUGGCGAGACUGGCUGAGAAAGCUCGAACACUGAGCCUGAAUACGGAAGAGAAGGAAAGUAAACUUCACUGCGAGGAACAUCAGGAAGAACUGAAGCUGUUUUGUGAAACGGACAAGAAACUGAUCUGUGUGAUUUGUGCAGCUGGGCGGGAACACAGAAAACAUCGUUUCAUGCAGAUAGAUGAAGCUGUUGAAACCUACAAGGAUCAGGUUAAAUCAUCCAUACAAUCUCUGACAACAAAUAAAUCAGCCAUCCAGGAAAUGGAAGAGCAACAGAAGCAGAAGAUUUCCCAAGUCCGGGAGCAGUCACAAAGCCUCAAGUCUCACGUCACAUCUCAGUUUGCUGAACUGCACCAGAUUCUCGUGAAGAAAGAGCAGCGCAUUCUCGGAGAGAUCAAGGAGGAUGAGGAGAAGAUUCUAAGUCCAAUGGAGAAAAAUCUUCAAGACAUUCAAGAGAAUUUAAACUCUAUUGAGGAGGAACUCUCAACGCAGCAGGGGCGAAUGGAACAAACAGACAUCGUGUUAUUUCUGAAGGAGGAAGCUGGUCGCAAGAGGAGAAUUAGUGAUGAAGGCCAGACAUUGUCACUGAGAGAUGGUGCCAUACUGGAUGAAAAAUUCCAUCACCCCUUCUGGUUGAACGCUGUGUUGAAAGAUAUCGUUGUUGCCAAUCACCAAGGUAAAACAUUUGGAUUCCUUACUUCUUAUGUGGGUGACAUAUUUAAGUUGUAAAUAGAUGCAAAGAUUGACUGUAAUGAUGAACUGAAGGGGAACUAAAGUUUUAUACCAGCA